GUGCGCAUGAGGCCUCCCUCCCACCCACCUCCGUCUCCCGCUUUGCGUUACUGAGGCGCUUGGGGACGUUCAGGCGGGUAAUAACUUGAGUGGAGCACUAAGAAGGGGGAAAGAAGCAGAGGGACGUAAGGUUCUGAUUCAGCUUCUCUAACCGGAGGGAUAGGAGGAGUAUCGGAGAGUGGAAGGCAGAGAGGGUGGCCAAAAGCCACUCUGGCACUCUCCACGGGCCCUCCUUGGCGAGCCCUUGGUGGGUGUUGGUUCGGGAGACUGGCCGGCACUACCGCAAACCGGCGCCGCGCCGGAAGCUUCUCUCCUGCACUGUAGAAACUCCCUAACUGCCAGCCGCGGUUUCUUCUUCCCCUCAGAGGAGACGGGAAACAAUCUCCUUCCUUUCCACAUCCAGGGAGGGCCGGGCCCGCCUCCAAACUGGCCGAGAAUGGAGGGCGAACUUCUAGAGGAAGAGACGGCCAAUCAGGGAGCGUGAUUACUGCGUGGCUCUGGCGCAGGCCCGGCUCCUUCCUGGAGGCUCCCAAAGCGGCCCCCACCCUGCCCCCCUCCUUAGGAAACUGCUGCCGUCUGGGGAGCUUGCACCGGGCAAGGAAAAAGGUUCCACGCUAGAACUGUGUAACCUUCUCUAGGUGGGAGUGGGCUCUUCAAGCAGAGCUUUGGAAGGCACCCGGAUGGUCCCAUUAAAUCGAGCGUUUUUAGAUGAGCUCCUUAAAUUCUCUCUUUAAAAUUUACUUCCUGAGAAGUGGCAUUUGCCAAAUGUUGGGCAUCUCCUUGAUUCCAGUGCUUUAUUACCACAAAAGAUUUUGGUAUCUUUUGGAUCUCUGUUUCAGUCUCUGACUUUGCUAGUAAGAUUGCUGGAUCAAAAGUUCUCAAGAAGAAGAAAGACCCAUGUCACCUUUUUAUUUAAGUGCUCCUGUGAACCAAAUAAAUAAUGUUCCAACAACUGGAGAGUUCUUAGAAAGAACAAUUCGAUCAACAGUGGAACAGCAUCUUUUUGAUGUUCAAGAUUCUGGCAGUCAAAGCUCAGAAGAUUCAGAGUGUGGAGCAUCAUCCCCUUCUUCCAUAGUAGUUACCAGGCAGAAACGAUGGCAUAACAAAGAUCAGAAUGAAAUCAGACAUAACAGAGAAAGGAUACUUAUCUACAAAGAAAAUAUUCCUUCUGAGUUCAGCAGCCUCGAGGAAUGUAUUUUGACUGCUCAGGAAGCAGAAAAAUACCAGGAAAACAACUGUGUAUAUAUUGAAGAAAACAGUAAACCUAAACGACAGAAGUCCAGUACCAGACUUUCUGAGAUUAAUGACAUCCAAGAUAAUCAUGUGACUAUGGAAAGUAUUAAUUCUACAAGAUCUCAAGAGAGACUUGGAUGUGAUGAUAUCCUAGAACUGAUGUCUGAUGAAAGCAAAGAAAAUAAUAGUGAUGGGAAGUACACUCAGCAUUCUCAGAUCUUCACCAUGAAGAUUCAGGAACAUCCAAGCCUCCCCGAAACUAAACUCCAGAGAAACCAAGACACGGAUGUCCAGGAAGAUAGCUUUGUCACUGAAAUGCCUCAGUUGGACUUGACCACUUUGUGUAAUGAGAACAGCUGGGAAGAGCCCAUUCCUACUUUGUCCUCAUGGCAGUGUGACAGCAUUGAUUCAGACGAAGCCCGCCUUUCCCCACAGGCUGGGCGCCUGAUUCGCCAGCUUCUAGAUGAAGACAGUGAUCCUAUGCUGUCCCCUCGAUUCUAUGCUUAUGGGCAGAGCCAGCAGUACCUGGAUGACACGGAAGUGCCUCCUUCCCCUCCCAAUUCACAUCCUUUCAUGAGGAGAAGGAGCUCUUCUUUGGGAUCUUAUGAUGAUGACCAAGAAGACUUAACACCUGCACAGCUAACUCGACGGAUUCAAAGCCUUAAGAAGAAAAUCAGACGGUUCGAAGACAGAUUUGAAGAAGAAAGAAAAUACAAACCUUCCCAUAGUGACAAAGCAGCCAAUCCAGAGGUACUGAAAUGGACAAAUGACCUUGCAAAAUUCCGGAAGCAACUGAAAGUAGAGUCAAAGUUAAAGUUAUCUGAAGAAGAGCUAGUUCCCCAGAUGCGGCAGCGGAGCAACACACUCCCCAAGAGUUUUGGUUCUCAGUUGGAAAAGGAAGAUAAGAAACGAGAGAUAGAAAAAGCAAUGACACCUACUAUUGAAGCUACCCUGGAAUCUAUUCAGAAGAAACUAAAAGAGAAGCGGAGAGAGACCAACCAUCCUGAGGACAUUAAGGAUAUGACCAGAGAGCAGAUUGCUAUUGAGAAAGUGGCUCUGCAGAAAUCUUUGUUGUAUUAUGAGAGCAUCCAUGGAAGACCGGUAACAAAGCAUGAACGUCAGGUUAUGAAGCCAUUAUAUGACAGAUAUAGACUGGUCAAACAGAUUCUGUCACGGGCCACCCCCAUUCCCAGCAUUGGUUCUCCCUCCAACAAGCGGCGAAGUCCUUUGCUACAGCCAAUUAUCGAAGGUGAAACAGCUUCCUUCUUCAAGGAAGAAGACGAUGGUUCAGAAGUUGAUAGCAGCACAAAGACAGACUUCACAAUGCCCAUAGAAACUGACUUCUGCUUUCUGGACCAGUUUGAAGUGCAUACUGAUCAUUUUGCUUCCCCUUUGGAUGAUAAGUUACCUCCAAAAGGCAGUCACGAUAUGAGACUUUCUAAUCUUCAUGCUGCAUCUGUACAUGAGCUCUUAGAACAACUUCAAGAAGUGAAAGAAGAGAAGAAAAGAAUUCGAAAAAAACUUCGUGAUUUUGAGGAUAAUUUUUUCAGACAAAAUUCAAGAAAUGUCCAGAAGGAAGAUCGUACUCCAAUGGCCGACGAGUACAAUGAAUACAAACAUGUGAAGGCAAAAAUAAGGCUUUUGGAAGUGCUUAUCAGCAAGAGAGACAUUGAUUUAAAGAUCAUGUAAGAAAAAAAAAAAAAAAAAAGAAACAAACCAUCCCUUCAGAAAAGACUCACUUGGAUUGAACGGACAAUCCCUUCACAAGGCAAUCAACACCUCUAUGAAACUAAGAAGUCCAGCUGUGUAGAGUACUAAGGAUAGCUCCAGUCAGGCUAUUUUACUGUGCGCCAAUUAUUCUCUUACUUAUUGUCUACUGAGAAGGAAACCUUUGUUAGGAAUAUUGUGGCCAAGUCGACAUUUAUGCACAUACACAUACAUUUCACUGUGGUGCAAACUUUACUAAUAUUAGCUAUUCCAUCAUUAAAUUUAGAUAGCCUAAUCCUACACAUGACCUCCAGUCAUUCAGUGUUCUGAGAAACACAAAGAACCAUUCCAUUUCACUGCUAUAAAAAUGAGCUCAGGACUUUAAUUCACUUACAAUCUGCAUGCUGUAGACUUUGGAACUAGUGUGGUUAAAUGUUUCUGUGAAUUAGAGAGCUCGAUAUGCCGUGAGCUCGAUAUGCUGCCUUGGCUUUCAUAGUGACAUUUUAAAUGGCACUGUGCCAUCUGCCAUCUUUGUGCAUGGCUCAGCUUUUACUUAAGCUCAGGUAGAUGGCAGCUCGGAGCAGAAUGAAAAACACAAUACUCUUCUGAGAGUAUUUUUCUUUCAUAUUUCUUAAACUGAGCAAUAGAUUUCACACGUUGGCUGUGACUGGGCAGCAUCCGGCUCCACAGGAUAAUGGAAAGACAAUGGAGGUAAUGACAGUAGUUGUACCGACUUCAAGUAACUAGAAUGUUAUCUGAAAAGUGAUUUCUUUUUCUAUGUUAGGGUGAAAAAAGUUAAAAGUCCUCAUUUAACAUUGAAUCAGGCCACUCAAAUACUUAUAGCAACUACAGUUUAUGUCUGCUAUUUUCUUUUGAUUAAAAAAAUAAGUUAGACAAACAUGCUGGAUUCUUAUUUUCAGUAACUGGGUAUGAUGAGAUGUACUUCUGUUUUCCUGAGUUAAUGGCAAAAGUGGGCUCAUAAUAAUAAGCCAGAAACUGGAGAACUUAUUUCUUCAAAGAUGAUCUCAAGGCAGAAUAUUAUUCACAUCAUUUUCAGUGAAAAUAUGUAAGUAGAAAAAAAAUCUCUUGCUGAUUCAUUUUUAUUAGCUGGUUAUUAUCUUUAUUGGAGAAUAUUUGAUAAAAAUAUCUACAAAUGGAUAACUUGUUAGCACCAGACAAUUAGAAGACUCCAAAUCAUUCAUUUUAAAAGUAGAAAUUUUAAGUAUGGCAAUUCACCCUGUGAUUUAUCAACUUAUCUUAUUAUUCUCCAAAGUGACAAAGAUCACUUUAUGGUUCAUACUUCUCCCAAAUCUAGGAAAUGUGCUUUGGAAGAACUAGAAUAGAUUUCUGGUGCAUGAUCAGAUUUCUUACAGUUUUUUCUUCUAAAGAGGGUACUUGAUAGAUAAACAUGCCUCUCUUUUGGAG